AUGCCUGUGACACGGGCUGGAGGCGGCAGUGGUGUCGUGGGUCCCGUGGUCACGGCCUGGCAUUUGGCAGCAGUGAUGAGCGGGCACGAGGAAGAGCGGGUACCAGUGGACCAGGGCCUGGGCCACGGGACAUUUGAGGACGUGGCUGUGUACUUCUCUCAGGAGGAGUGGGGGCUCCUGGGCGAGGUUCAGAGACACCUGUACCAUGAUGUGAUGCUGGAGAAUUUGGCCCUUAUAGCCUCGCUGGUGAAGAAAGACAUCUUCAACCUGGCUGAGCGUGAAGGGACGCACGCUGGGCUGAAGCCAUGCACUUGUGGGCCUUGUGGGAAACUGCGCUUGCUCAGUUCACACCUCCACCAGCACCGGAGACAGAACCCCGGAGAGAAGGCCCUCAGAAGGGAGGAGAAUGGGGCUCUGUUUGUAAAGAGCAGGAUCCCCGUGUCAGACAACAUUUUCCCCAGUGGAGAGGCCGAGAAGGAUUUCCUGGGUGGCGUGGACCUUCUCCAGCACCAGGCCAUCCCCAGUGGAGAAUGUCCGCACGGAGGCAGGGGGAGCAGGGUGGUUUCUUGCCCUCGGGAAGGGCAGUGCAGCGCAGCGAGCGUGGGCAGCCCUGCCACUGAAAGGAUAAGUUCACAGAGCAGCAGAGUGCUUAUGCCGGAGAAGGCCUUCGACAGUGUGACAUUUGAAGACGUGGCCAUGUCCUUCUCUUGGGAGGAAUGGGGUCUCCUCGAUGAGGCUCAGAGAUGGCUAUUCCACAAUGUGAUGCUGGAGAACUUUGCACUUGUGACCUCCCUGGGAACUGUGGACACUGCCAUGCACGGGAAGCAGCGCAGUGUAGAGAAACCCCUGAAGAGGGCUUCACUUGUGAAGAGCUGCAGGUUCCAUGUGCCAGGGGAGUCCUUCACCUGUGGGGAGGUCGACAAGGACUUCCUCGCCGGUUCAGGCGAGCACCAGCACCAGGCCAGUCAUGAUGGACAGAAAGCUCACAGCAGCACCAUGUGUGGGGAAGCUGUUCACAGUGGGAAAAGCCAUCACAGUUGGUGUGAAGGCAAGAAAGCCUUCAGCCACAAAUACUCUCUUGCUCAACACCAGAGUGUCCAUGCCCAAGAAAAGCCUUACAAAUGCAGUGAAUGUGGGAAAUCCUUCACCCGAAGGUUUAACCUCUUGCAGCAUCAGAAAGUCCACACUGGAGAAAUGCCCUAUAAAUGUAAUGAAUGUGGAAAAUUCUUCACCAAUAUCUUCGGUUUCAUUCAGCACCAAAGAACUCACACUGGGGAAAAGCCUUACAAGUGCAGCAGAUGUGGAAAAUUCUUUGGCCAAAAGUCUACUCUUACUGUACAUGAGAGAAUUCACACUGGAGAAAAGCCUUAUGGGUGCCGUGAAUGUGGGAAAUUCUUUAGACAUAGCUCCAGCCUCAUUAAACAUCAGAGAGUUCACACUGGAGUGAGGCCUUAUAAGUGUGGUGAAUGUGGAAAAUGUUUUACUGACAACUCCUGCCUCAUUAAACACCGUAGAAUUCACACUGGAGAAAGGCCUUAUGAGUGCAAGGAGUGUGGGAAACUUUUUAGCCAAAGUUUUGGACUCACUCAACACCAGAGAGUUCACACUAGAGAAAGACGUUAUGAGUGCAGGAUAUGUGGGAAAUCCUUAACCCGCAAGUCCUACCUCAUUCAACACAACAGAGUUCACGCUAGAGACAGGGCUCCCGAUCUAUAUACAUGCAGCAAAUGUGGGAAAGUCUUCAGUCAGCGGCCUGCUCUGAUUGAGCACCAGAAUGUUCACAGUGCAGGUGGGCUUUAUGAGUGCACUGAAUGUGAGAAAGCCUUCAGCCAGAGAUGUGACCUCAUUUGA